CGCUUUAGCAAUGCGGGCACGCGCGGCGGCGGGUCGGACAGGUCUGUGUGUUCUGGGAUAGAGAAAGAGGCGUGGGAGAGAGAGAGAGAGAGAGAGUGGGGAAUGAUGGCGGUGAAGGAGUGACAAGAGUUUCAAAGAAAGAGCGAACUGUUUUUAAUAUUUUUGUUUUGUUUUCACUACGGGAAAAACAACACAAUUUGGACUUUUUAUAUAUUAUCGCACCUCUCUCCGAAGGAAAGUUGAAGCUAAAAGCUGAAUGACGAGGUAAACCAGGUUUUGCGCACUUCAGCCUUUGGACACUGGCGCACCGGCUGCAAGUACAAGAUAAAAAGGAAAACAAGUGUUGCUCAUGUAAACUAGCAGCUGGAACAGUUUAGCCCACUCUUCUCUGACCUCAUACUGCAUUGCCUUUUUUUUUCUUUUCAUUUCGGCUUUCACAAUGAUCAAAACCGAGAGCAAACCCGACAGGACCCUACGGAGUGCUUCUCCUCACCGGAACGCCUAUAAAUCGGACUUCCAGGCAAUUAAGUGCUCUUUUGAUGUGGGCAAAUCUAGCGAUGGCCUUUCUCCAAAAGCGUACGCCAAUGGAUCUAGCGACAGUCGGGACGACGCUCGAGGCAGGCCUUUGGGAAAUCGUAUCAGCAAGAUCAAAAAUAUAUUCCUACAGAUGGACGGCCAACAGAAUGACACCCCUGAGUUGAAACACAUUGGAGGGAAGCAGGACAUCUCACCCGUAUCACCACCUAGAGCCGCCUUUGCCAGUUCACAUAAAAGUAAUUUUGCUCACACUAGUCUGGAAGCUCCAGUAGCUGAGAAAACCACAAAGGGUGAAGAUGGGGAGAUUGAUAAGGCUGCUUUGGCUGAAAAAUUCUCGGAAACCCGCAAACUUUUUGAAAGAGGCAUUCAAGAUCAAACGUUUACUGAGAAGGUUUCCCCCAAAAAAGUCAGAGGAAGACUUUCAUUAAGUAGCCUCUCGGAAGAAGGCAAAAGCUCGAGACAUUCAUCUGUCUCUUCUGAUCAAGCAGUAAAAACGGAGCACAGUCCAUCUGGUAUAGUUAAAGGAGGUCAGGAAGAGAAAAAUGAAGUUGAGGAAAGUAAACCCGCCACAAGAUUGUCACUUAAUGCAGGUCCUAUUUCUAGAAGGCUGGAAAAUUUUAUGGUGGACAGUGAUAGUGAUGAAUCAAACGGAAAAGCGUCCAGCAACGAGAUAAAACAGCAACAACACCCUGGUAAACCCUCCUCUCCAGUUAAAUCCACCAGUGGGAGCAUAUCAUCAGACUUGUCCAGCCCAUCUUUUCAAAAUGAGAGGCAGGGAGCGCCAUUUAUCAUAAGUACCUUAGAACCCCAUAAAACUAGCAGUUCUGAUAAAGGAAAAGCUGAUGGACCUCUGGAUGGUGUUGUAGCCCCUUCCAGCGGGCAGUCUUCACAUGAACCCUUGACCCAGACAGCAGUGGAGGUGGUCCGUGCAGAACUGGUUGUGGUCCAAAAUGAAUCUUCAGAAAGUGAGGAGAAUGAAUUUGAAAACGAUGUGUUUAAUGACCAGCCGGAACAGGAGACGGGCAAACCUUUUCUGUAUGAGGUGGAAAGUGAGGUUUCCCUGGAUAUCAAAAAGACCCCAAGUACAAAGCAAGCAGGAGUCAACUUUCUAGGAGAUAGUGAAGAGGAGGUAGCUGGUAAAUGGAUGGGUUGCCACCCUGCAGAGGAUGUAGAGGAAGAUGAUGUGGAUGAAGAUGAGAGUGAAAUUGAGGAGUCGGGGGAAGUGAAUAGUGGCAAAUUAACUUCAAAUAUUUGUGGAAUAGAAAAUGCAGCAUUUGUUGAUGAUAAAGAUACAGAUUUGGAUGUUCAGAGGGCCGGACCAACUGGUGAGCUUGAAAACAUAGAAGAAGAAUUUGCAACAUGUCAGGAUGGAUUGUUGUAUGAAGAAAUCCCUGGACUUUCAGAUGAAGAUUGUGGAGUGGAACGCAAGAUUCAGUUCUCAACUGACCCCAUAAAGGUAUUCUCUACAUACUCCAAUGAAGAAUAUGACAGGCGCAAUGAUGAAGUUGACCCUGUGGCAGCUUCUGCAGAGUAUGAGCUGGAGAAAAGGGUUGAAAAAAUGGACGUGUUUCCUGUUGAAAUUGAAAAGGGAGACAAUGGUCUAGGAAUCAGUAUUAUAGGAAUGGGUGUUGGAGCAGACCAGGGUUUGGAAAAACUUGGCAUUUUCGUAAAGACCAUCACUGAAGGCGGUGCUACUCAGAGAGAUGAACGAAUUCAAGUGAAUGACCAGAUUGUUGAGGUGGAUGGCAUCAGUCUUGUUGGGGUUACACAGCUUUUUGCUGCAACGGUCUUGAAGAACACUAAAGGCACAGUCAAAUUUCUUAUUGGCCGAGAAAAGCCUGGCACACACAGUGAAGUGGCUCGUCUCAUUAGUGAGACAUUAGAGCAGGAAAAAAGUCAGCUAUUGGAGGAUGACUAUGAUCUAUCCACAGAAGAGGAUGAUCAUUAUGAAGAGGAGGAUGAUGAUGGCCCAGGCUUAAACCUUUCUUCAAAGUCAGUUGAAGUUUUUGAUCUCUCUGAACAUGAAGAUAUGUUUUCAUUACAGGAUAUGGAUUCCACACACGCAGCUGUAAAGUAUAAGGAGCUACAGCUGAAACAUGCCAUUGCAGCCUCUGAAAUCAGCAGAUUAAAAGAACAGUUAAUGGUAAUGGAAUCAAGUAAAGUUAACUGGGAGAAAGUACAGUCCAAGCUAGAGCAAGACAUUGAAGAAAAUAAGGAAAAAAUUAAAAAGUUGGAGACCUAUUGGAAUGAAGCACAGUCCUUAUGUAAAACUGUAAAUGAACAUCUUCGAGAAACUCAGUCCCAGUAUGAUGUUUUGGAAAAAAAAUACAAUAAGGCAAAGAAGCUGCUAAAAGAUUACCAACAAAAGGAAAUAGAAUUUCUUAAAAAAGAAGAGGACCAAAAAAGAACUCUUGAUGAAAAAGACAAAAUGUAUCAAGCACAGCUGAAGACCUUAGAGGACAGAAUUACAGAGUUGGAGGCAAAAGAUUCCAAGAAUGAAGUGAAGCAGACAGAAAGGAGUGAAUGUUAUGUUGUGCAGUGGCAGGGAGACCGAGCCACACUAGGUAGCUCCGAGCAGCUGGAUAGUGCAUCUGAUACAGAUGACAUUCCCUUUAGUCAUGGAACUGAUGACACUGUAACAAAAACAGAAUCCACUGAAACUUUACUUUCAGAUUUGGAUGACAUUGUUCCAGAAACUGAAAGACUUGAUACAAGUGCUUACAAAGCAAAGGCUCAGCUUGCUUUGAAAUCAAAAAGGCAAAGACCAUCUAGAAACAAACUAAGAGAAACGUAUGGAGCGGAAGACUUAAGCAUCCAGAAAAACUUUGAAAAACCAAGCUUAAUUUCUGAAGCAAAAUCUCCUUUGAAUGAAGUGUCAACAAAAAGCAUUCAAGAAAAAAAUUCACAACCUAUAGAGCAGCUGUCUCUGGAUAAAGUUAAACAUGAGGUACCUUCUUUGGGUGAAAGUGCAAAUAUUAGAUCAGAACUGAACUCCAUUGAUCAAGGCAUUAAACCAAACAAAGAUGGUAGUCUGAGCUCCAGUCAGUCCCCUUCCAAAGACUCUUCAAACUCUCCUUCAGGACUCAAGCGAAGUGUCAGAAAGGGAGAAUCAAAGGGAAAAGGCAAAGAUAGCAAAGAGGAGAAUCCUGCUGAAGUGAAUGACGCAAACACUGCUGGAAAACCAAAACGAAGAUUUCCUGAUUUUGGUGGCCUUAGGAAAUCUGGUGGCAAGGGGAAAAAGUCAGAAAAGGAUGGCCUGAGGAGCUCAAUAGGUAGCAGAGGUUCUAGUGACCUGUUAGAAUCAUCUGGAGGAAAUCUGUCUCCAGCAGAUUCAGUGUCGUCUAUCCCUACAUGUAUGCCUUUUCCCUGGUUUGGAGAUAGCCAUAAAGAGACUUCUUCAUCAAACACUCAUCUGCACAGUGCCCAGAGUGAUACAACUGUAGAGAAAAAUAGAAGCAAGACAAACCUUUCCUGGUCUUCAUUAUUCAGUCGUUCAUUAGAUUUGAAUAUAUCUGGCAUAGAUGAUUCAAAUCCUGGCAGUCCGUGCGCUGAUUUGACAGGUUUAGUGACAGAACCUAAUCUAUCAGGGCGUUCACAUACUUUAAUCUUCUCUUCAAAUGAGAUGCUGGAUGAAGACUCCAACUCAACAGGGAAACAAAACCAGUGGCAUAACAGACCUGUCAGUGAAUGGACAAGCCAACAAGUUUGUCAUUGGCUCAUGGGAAUGAACAUGGACCAGUACACCCCAGAGUUCACCUCCAAAGGCAUUAACGGGCAGCAGCUCAUGCAGCUGGACAGUGAGAAAUUAAAGGCUUUAGGUGUUUCUAGUCAAGCUGACCGAGCCACCAUCAAGAAAAAACUGAAGGACAUGAAAAAAACUCAAGAGAAAAUGGAGCGGCAGCGAGAGAAGAAAGAAAAGGAAGCCAAAAGAAGUGGGAAGACGGCUUUGAAUGUCGAGUCCAGCUGCUAAAGCACACAUUGUGUAUCGUUACUGUGCACAGACCUUUCAUGAAAUGAUCUUUUUUUUUAUGUAUAUUAGAUAAAUGCGUAUGUAUAGAGAGCAGGCGAGUGCAUGGUACAGAUGACCACUUGUUUUUGUUCUUUAGCUGACUAUUAGACGCUAGUCUUUAAAACAUUAUGGAGUCCCGUUUUUUGUUUUAAAUGUAGUUUUGCUCCCAAGUCAUUCUGGGCUCCCCUCUUUGAUGCUUUAGGCCUUACAUUAAUGUUGGCGAAAAAGAAAAAGCUGUGCCAUGUGGGGGACCGUAAACACAGAAGAGGUAAUGUGGUAAAGUCUCCUAAGUUUAUACAGAUAUUGUGGUCUUCAAGAAAUAGAAAGAAAAGGGCUAGGAGCGAAGGAAAGUGAUGAGCGCAGCACGCCGGCGUACCUGUGAGGGCCCCUCUGUCUGUCUGAUGUAUCGGCGCUCCUUAAAGGUCAGACAAGGAGACGAGAGCAAUGCAGUUAACUGGCGGAGACGCAGACGUUUGGAGUACGUCUUCCAAUUGAAGCUUAUUUAGAACGAGCUUUUUUAGUGUUUUGUAUGUUUUUGCAGGUAUGACAGUUGUACAUAUUUGUUUUUUCUUAAAUGUGUACAGUUUAUCAAACAAAAGCACUAAAUUCCAAGGAGACAAAGUUUUAGCUACUAAAAAUGAAAUUGCUGAUGAUUUUAUACGUAAUUGCCAACAACAUUGUAUCUUUCUUCAAAUGAAUGCUCUGAUACUGUUGAAAUUGGAUUCAACUCUUGAAAGUGUACUUUUUCUACUGAGUAGAACAGCAUAUAGAAUGGGACCAAUUUUUAUAUAUGUGUAUAUACAUGUACGUGUGAAUGUGUGUAUAUAUGUAUGUUUGUAUAUAAUAAUUUUAGUACACAUUUCAUGUUGCUGCUUCUGUUUUCAUUUGUGGAACAGCUGGGAGCUCAUUAAAGGUGAGGACAUUUAUACUACUAACCGAAACGUGAUGAGAGCGACUGUCUGCAUCCUGAAAACAAAGGGUUGGUCAGUCGGUGGUUUCCAUUUCACUUGUAACCCCCAGUGCCCCCUCAACAAUCAGUAGUUAACUGUUGUGGCUGCACUUGCUCGACAGCACAGUCGGCCUCAGCUGAAAAGUCCUCCAGGGGUUUGGCGGAUGGCUGGCACAAGUCUGGAGAAGCCUAAUAAGGAAAAAGGGUCAAAUUCUGUAGUAGCGGCCAAAGGAGGAAAACCAAAUGUUCACUUUUAGUACUGAAUUGGGUUUGGGUUUGGCUUCUGUAAGGUGCUCCCAGGAUAAUACAAGUUGUAAUAGAUCUAUUAUUAAUAAACGUUUUAAAAUUUGGAUCUUUUUAAGUUCCACAUGCUUUU